AGAACAAGAGGGGAAGGGGAAGGAGAGCGCACAAGAGAACUGCAAGGAGCGCAGCCAAGAUAAUUCACAAGAUUCUCCAACUUUUUCUUUUUGGGCAAAGAAAAUUCAUUCUCACGUCCAGAUCUUAUCAGAUUUAUUCCUUCCCUGGAUUCCAGCUCAGGUUUUUGAAACUUUAAAAUUAUUUUAUUUAUUUUUUGCUUGAAAAUUUGCGGUGGAACAAAAUCAGCAAACCUUGAAUUUCUAAGAAAAGGAAAUUCUAAAAGAAAAAACGCCCAGAAAUUGACUCCAAGGCUGGAAAGAUGGAUAGUCUUCCAAUGAGAAAAGUUUUUGGACUUUAAGAGAACUAUUUCAAUAUCUCUUCUCAGUAGGAGUACAGAAUUGUCGUCUUCAAUUCAGGACUCAGUCCAGGUUCAUCUUUGGUGCUACAUUCUUUUAGUAACAAUUUUAGGUUCAUAGAUUUUUCUUCGCAGAUUAAGGUUCUUUGUAGGCCCUCAGGGUAACGGUGAAGAUGUCCUGCACUACGUUAAUUUUCUGCCUCAGUGUUGUUACUGCUGCUUGGGUACACGUGGUUCUUGCUCUUGGAGAGAGACCUCUAGCCGGUUACAAGGAGGAAAUUGUGUUUCCGGAAAGAUUAAACUCCAGCUUCCGCCAAGAACGGCCAGACUGGCCUGUAAAUGGAUUUGAGGUAUCCUCUGAAAGUCGCCUAAUUUUCCGAUUCCGUGCUUUCGGCGAAGAAUUGGUUCUAGAUUUGGAGAGAGAUCCCAGCUUUCUCUCGGAGGACUUGACGGUACAGUAUGUUGGCAGAACUGGACAGCCAGAUGCCAAUGGUCUCUCUGAAUCUGGCAGUUACUUUACUGGUGCUGUAAAUUCAGACCCAGAAUCUAUCGCUGCAGUGAAUUACAAUGGAGCAUCCCUCUUGGGCGUUCUCCAGUUCAGAGGAGCAGAAUACCACAUUGAACCAUUGGAAGGUGGAGGACAAAACAGCGUUGAGGGUGCUGGAGCUCACGUCAUACGGAGGAAGGUGCCAGAGAAAGGCAAUGGACCGAUGUGCAAUGUUGGUCCUCAAGUGUCCACGAAAAUGCCAGGAGAGCCUGAUGACAACAAUCACCAUGGGAAACACAAAACACCCUCAUCAAAGAGAUCAAAGCGUUUCGCAUCUGUCCCUCGUUAUGUGGAGACCCUGGUGGUGGCAGAUGAGAAAAUGGCGACAUUCCACGGUGCAGGCCUCAAACGGUACCUGAUGACAGUCAUGGCAGCUGCAGCCAAAUUCUUUCGCCACCCAAGCUUGAAGAACCCAGUGAAUGUUGUCGUGACGAGGCUCGUGGUAAUAGGCCGGGCAGAGAAAUCCAAAACCUACGGGGGGCUGAAGAUGACCACCAAUGCUGCCGAGAUGCUGAGGAACUUCUGUGAGUGGCAGAAAGGUCUGAACAAGCCGAAUGACUCUGACUCUGAACACUUUGACACAGCCAUACUCUUCACCAGACAGAACCUCUGUGGAGUGUCUACCUGCGAUACACUGGGGAUGGCCGAUGUCGGGACGGUUUGUGAUCCAUCACGCAGCUGUUCUAUCGUGGAGGAUGACGGCUUGCAGUCUGCGUUUACCGCUGCACACGAGCUUGGACACGUGUUUAACAUGCUUCAUGACAACUCCAAACCAUGUGUUGAUCUCAACCGGCCGGCAAGCAACACUAGACACAUGAUGGCACCGGUCAUGUCCUUUGUAGACCCAGAGGAGCUGUGGUCACCUUGCAGCGCCAAGUUCAUCACAGACUUCUUGGACAAUGGAAAUGGUCACUGUCUUCUGGAUAAACCGCAUGCUCCGCUCCGUCUACCAGUCCCAUUCCCGGGUAACGAUUACGACUCUGAUCGUCAGUGCCAGUUGACCUUUGGGCCAGACUCUAAGCAUUGCCCCAACCUGCACACCCCCUGCUCAUCUCUAUGGUGCACUGGCAGGAUAGAUGGUCACUUCAUGUGCCAAACAAAGCACUUCCCUUGGGCAGAUGGUACCCAAUGUGGAGUGGGCAAGACCUGCAUGAAUGGGCGCUGUAUCAACCGGGUGGAGAUGAAAGCUUAUGAUACACCUGUUAAUGGAGGUUGGGGAUCUUGGGCGCCCUAUGGACAAUGCUCCAGGACAUGUGGGGGCGGAGUGCAAUUUUCUCACAGAGAGUGCAACAAGCCCGUUCCACGGAAUGGAGGCAAAUAUUGUGAGGGGAAGAGGACGCAGUAUCGAUCCUGCAAUACCCAAGAAUGCCCUACUGGGAACGCUAUGACUUACAGAGAGCAGCAGUGUGCCAUAUACAACCACAGAGUUGACCUCUUCAAGGGUUUCCCCUCCCCCAUGGACUGGGUACCACGAUACAACGGAAUUGCUGAGAAAGAUCAGUGCAAACUUACCUGCCAGUCCCGGCCAUUGGGAUACUACUAUGUCCUAGAGCCAAGAGUGGCAGAUGGUACCCCAUGUUCUCCAGACUCAACCUCUGUGUGCGUUCAGGGGCGCUGUGUCCAUGCCGGGUGUGACCGCAUGAUUGGGUCCAAGAAGAAAUUCGACAAGUGCAUGGUGUGUGGAGGAAAUGAUUCGGCCUGUACAAAGACUUAUGGAUCUUUUACAAAACCCCGGUAUGGAUACAAUGAUGUGGUUACCAUCCCGGCUGGCGCAACUAAUAUCCUGAUUCGUCAGAACAGCGGUUCAUCCUCCACCAGUGACGGAGUCUACCUGGCUUUAAAACGUCAGGAUGGAUCCUUUGCUCUUAAUGGCAAUUACAUCUUGGUGCCAUCCGAAAUAGAUGUCAAUGUUGGAGGAGGGAUGACCUUGCGGUACAGCGGAGCCACCAAGGCCAUGGAGACCAUCGCAGGACGAGGACCCCUGAAAGAGUCCUUGACCAUUCAAGCUUUGGUCGUAAGUGACCAGAGAGCCCCACGUCUCAAGUACACUUUCUUUGUUCCCAAACAAAGAAGCCAAUCAAAGAAACCAGCAGAAGACUGGAUGAAACGAAGAGCACAGAUUCUCGAGAUUCUGAGAACAAGAAAUAACCAAAAAUAGUAAACACUUAAGAACAGGACAGAGAAAAACCAAACAAACUUACUUUAGCCUUAUUAUUUUGGCUGGAUAUGAAGGUGUUAUGGAGACAGUCUUCAAGCUGGAAACAUAAACUUUGUUUUCGUAAGUAUCCUGGUCCAAACUGAAGGCAACUUGGCCAUGUAAUGGUCAUUCUUACAUCUACCUUGUUGGCUCACAGAGCACCUAAUCAUCCAAAGACUUAUAAUAAUGGGUGAUGAGCAGUGGUACGGACCCUUCACAGUGGACAUCUCGAAAGAGCUUUGUACAGAAAGACUUCUACAAUAAAAGCCAGUGAUGAUGGCUGGUCCACCACUGGUGGCAUCUCCGGAAACGUCUUUCUCUUGGCCUUUUACUUUUUCUGGACAUUUCCUUACAUCUUCUAUGAACUCUAAAGGUCAAAAGAAUGAGGAGACCUAUGAUGGCUGUUUUUGAGGAGAUGAUUUCCCAUCCAGGACUAAGAAGUAGGGUCUGGAUACCCGAAAUUAUUUAAUAUGAACAUUAAAUAUAUAUAAUAAAUAUGUUGAUAUCAAAAUCUUGAGGAAAACCCAGACAGCGCAAGUAGCUAUCCCUGCAAACACAGUACUGAGGCAGGUGCAGCCAGGUCUCUGGAAGGUGUUGAUUUGAGGAACCUAGGAGGUGCCUAGUCAAGCGGUAACAGUGAUAGGUCAAUGGAAGGUGAACUUUCAAGAAAGAUUUUGAUAGAAGCUUUGCUACUGUAGCAUCCGACUUCAUGAUGUCUACCAUAGUAAACAUAGCGGUGGUCACACUGAAGGUGUCCAUUAGACUGUAGAUUGCCUUUUCUGGUGCUAUAGGGCAUGCCUGUACCACAAUCCCAGCCCAUGAGAGGGCACAGAAUUUUAUGUAAUCAAGACUAGAGCUGGAUACAGUUCAAACCUGCUCCUUGGAACACCAAGCCUUGCAAUGGUGCUAUCAUUACCACAGUAUGUAGCUAGAAAGGUCUGAAUUCACAUAAUGGCACACAACUUAGCCAAAUGUCUGUAUAAACGGGUGUCUCCAACUAGGGCUCCCUAGUGGGGAAAACAUGACCUCUUUUAUGGACUCUUGGCACAGUUUAGUCCCCUGUGCACAAUAUUCUAUUGUAUUUAUAUAUUUAUUGUCUUAUGCUAUCUUUUUAUGGUGCAAGAUGGCCCGAAAACUGCAAAACAUUGUAUUAAUGGCUACAGGUCCAACCAGGAGCUCUGGAAACCAACCUAGAUCUCAUCAGUCAACUAGAUAGUGAUGAAGGACACACCAACCUCCUAAUGGAAUAUUUUCAACCAUAGGACCCACCAAUUACCAUUCCUCUAAUGAAGUAUAAAGUUUUACAAAGUGCCCUGGCCCAAAAUUAGGAUUUUACAAAUGACCUAUGACAAUAAAGAGGCCCACCACCAUCUCCUCCCCAAGGCUUCUGCACAACAAAUGCUCCAUCACAAGUCUUGGUUUAGUGACCCACAAUGGUCAGUAUUCACAGUCCAGACAUAACCCUCCUAGUGGGUCCAAUGCCCACCAGACUACAUUACAGCCUCCGAUCAAAGAGUUAGGAGUCUCAGGUCUGGAAGGGUUAAACCAAUCCUCAAGUCGGCGAUUAAUAGUGAUGAUGUUUUUAUAUAAUUGUUAUCGUACUUUUUUUAAUUGUUAAAAUGCACAGAAUUAUUUAAUACCUAUUUAUAUAAAAUAAGAAAGUCGCA